CACCUCUGAGUGAGCGCGAGCUUGGGGCGGGCUCGCGACGCGUCCACCUGAUUCAGCCCCGUUAUUUAAAACCCUGGAGAGAAACGCGCAGGAAGGAUCACUGUGAGUUAAACUGCAACCGAGUAGAUUGUAAAGAGAUCCUCUCUUUGACAAGUGACGGGGGGACUUUUAUAUUAAUACAGGAAAAAAAGUGCAGUAACUUAACAUUUGAUGGGACAAACAGAAGUUUCCAGUUGUAUUCUGUCAGAAGAGACGCAUCACGCUGAGGAAUUGAUGGAUAUUUUGAAAAUUGAAAAACUCCCUGGACGACAGUUGCAUUUAUUUUGUACUGGAUAAUACGCAUAUCAAAGUAUAGGUCCUAUGGCGUGAAGCAAAGGAAAAGAAGACAUAACAUUUGUUUUCCAAGUGAUUUGAUAUUGUGUCGAUAUCAAGAGCACAGAAUAGAGACUGGAUGUAAAGAUGAAGAGUAUCUGGUUUGCUCUGAUCGGCUUCUUAUGGAGCUCUUAUGUGUCAGGUAGCACUUCUGGAUUGGAUGUCUCUGAGCUUCAGCCAAACUUCAUCCAUCGGAGAUUACGGACUCAGGAGAAAAGAGAGAUGCAGAAAGAGAUUCUGUCCAUACUCGGACUAAACCACAGACCCAGACCGCAUCUGAACAGCGGGAAAUAUAAUUCAGCACCUCUCUUCAUGCUGGAUCUGUACAACACUUUAUCAACUGAAGAGAAAAGUGACGUGGAUCAGUACAGAUCUUUAUUUACCACUACCACCACCACCACAACAACACGACCUGCUUUAGCUUCAAUACAAGACACUGACUUCUUACACGACGCCGACAUGGUCAUGAGUUUUGUCAAUUUAGUGGAGUUUGACAGGGAGUUGUCUCCACAGAGAAGACAUCAUAAAGAGUUUAAAUUCAACCUGUCCCAGAUCCCAGAGGGUGAAGCCAUCACUGCUGCCGAAUUCAGGAUCUACAAGGAAUGUGUGACCAGAGCUUUCCGCAAUGAAACGUUCCUGCUUAGUGUGUUCCAAGUGAUUGGAGAACACCCAGACAGGGAUGCUGAAUUGUUUCUGCUGGAGUCUCGCAGGUUGUGGGCAGCUGAAGAAGGUUGGCUGGAGUUUGAUAUCACAGUCACUAGUAAUCUCUGGGUGAUGAGGCCGUAUCAUAACCUGGGUCUACAAAUCAGUGUUGAGACCAGCAGCGGGUGGAGUAUCAGUCCCAAAGACGCAGGGUUAGUAGGUCGUGAUGGUGCUCUGGAGAAGCAGCCUUUCAUGGUGGCCUUUUUUAAAGUGAGUGAAAUCCGUAUCCGAUCGACCAGAUCCACAGGCAAACGACGUCAACAGAACCGUAAUCGCUCCAGCAGUCCACAUGACGCAUCAAAGCGAACUGCUUAUACAGAAUAUAACAACAGUGAUCAGAAGACCGCCUGCAGAAAGCAUGAACUGUACGUCAGCUUCAGAGAACUGGGCUGGCAGGACUGGAUUAUUGCUCCUGAGGGAUACGCAGCAAACUACUGUGAUGGAGAAUGCUCUUUCCCCCUAAAUGCCCAUAUGAAUGCUACUAAUCAUGCUAUUGUACAGGCACUGGUCCACCUGAGAAAUCCCGAGAAUGUUCCAAAGCCCUGCUGCGCUCCUACUAAACUCCAUGCGAUUUCUGUGCUGUACUAUGAUGACAACUCCAACGUCAUUCUCAAAAAAUACAAGAACAUGGUUGUGCGUGGAUGCGGCUGCCAUUGACACAGGGCUCAUGUAGUCUGUGAUGCAGCGGUUGGGCAGUAGAGACAUGGCGAAACUGAAACGUGUGUGAGGACAGAAACAUUGAGAACUCAACCUUUUGAGCCUGAUGUCUCCACAGUGGAUCCAGGUGUGAAGGACCAUGAGUGGACCUGAUAAAUGUGCUGCUUCUCCCCUUAAUUCACACAUAUACGGCCAGUUCACAUACGAACACACUACAAACUGCCAAAAGGAUAUACAGUACAACUCUAUCUACGAACAGAAAAUGAACUCGAUGCCUUCUAAAACCCAAAAGUAAAUUAUGAGCUUGAAAGCAGUCUGUAUUUAAUAUUGUAUUCUACUAACCAAAAAAAUCAUAGUAUGGCCUGAAAUGUUUUUUCACUGAUCCCUAGAUUCACUUCAACCCACAGGACUAUAUUUUGGGUCUUGAGAAAAUGAAAUUAUUUUAAGUUUUCCGAUAUUUGCUCUACACUUCCUGUGGUUUACAUCGGUGAGUCAGAAUGAGCGGUUGUACACUUCAACAGAACCCGAAGAACAGAAAUGUUAUGUUGGCGUUCCAAGGAUGGAAGUGUUUUUUUUUUUAUGCUGUCGGACACCACAGAUCUAUAAUUUAACUGCAGCACACCUGCACCUCGCCUUACAGGCAAAACCUCCAACAGGACAAAUGAGAUCUAUGGAAAAUGAAAUGUUGUUAAAGUGACAAACCAGCAGGCUUAUACAGACUGUAAGAUUUUCCAGUCAUCUUCGUCGUCUAUAUUUGUGACUCGGUCAGACUUUUACUACAUGCAGCUAUGCAUUUCUGUCUUUUGUAGGAUUUUAAAAAAGGUACAAAUCUCUGUACUAAACGGGCUCAAGAAAGGUGUAUUUUAAUCAUGGAAAAUAUAGAUUGUGCCUCGUUUUAUAUGCUAACGCUGAUGUCGUUUUGUUUAAUAUAUUUUUGCCAAAGUGAAUAGAACACUGUAAUAAUACAUUUAAUAUAAUGAACAGAUCCAUUGCAAUGAUCAUCAGUAUGCUUCACAAAAAAAAAAGAUAUUUAAUGAUACAGUUCUGUUAAAAUCUGAAAUGAUCUCAUAAUAACAGGUUAUUCAUAAUCUUAAUUCUAUUACAUACCUCUGGUAAACUGCUGUUUACAUGCCUCUAUCCUGUUUAGAUGUCUGUAUGUAAAUACUUUUGUACAUUUUACAGCCUAUUUAUUGCAUCUUGUAAAACAUAUAUACCACAGAGACGUAUAUAUCAAGAGUAAAGGAAACAAAAUUAAACAGCUAUUUUUGAAAAAAAGACAUUUUAUUAAAUUUUUUGCAAUGUGCCUUUUUAUACAAACCCCCCCAAAGGCAGUGUGUGUACACCCUCUUUAAACAGGACAAAAAUACUGCCAUUUUCACUGAGGUCUCCUUUGACCAUAUGCCUCCCAUAAACAUUUCACUGAAUAUAUGUGGUUUCGACUGAUUACUUCUUCCUUCCCUCGCUUUCAGAUCCAGUAAAAGAGAAAAAUAAACAUUCCAGUGUGGGAAUAUUUGAAAAGGAAAAACGCAUUUGUUGAACUCAAUAAAACUACUCAAAACCAACCAUUUAAGAACAUCAGUAUUUUUAAGCAUUGGCAUCCAGGCAGAGCUGGUGUAAUCUCAAAAUAUCAAGUGCUUUAAUCCGUUCAAAAGUAGCAUUAAAAUGUCCCCGACUGAAUUAUUGAUACAAAUCUGAGAAAAAUAAAUCUGGGCUACAAACCUUAAAGGGCAAAAACUAAUCAAAAACAACAUGAUGUACAUCAUAAAUGCAUCAAGGGCAAAAUAAAAA